AUGGUUGAAACUGGAAAACGGUAUCAUUCACAGAGAGACCAUGACGGGGACCCAAAAAAUCAAAAGAGACGCGGGAACGAAAACAACGACAACGGUGAAUUGGUUGUUUAUAGGAUACUUUGUCCCGUUGAAGUUAUCGGGAGCGUUAUUGGAAAGAAUGGGAAAGUGAUAAAUUCAAUUAGGCAGGAGACCCGGGCAAAAGUCAAGGUUGUCGAUGCAUUUCCCGGUGCUAAGGAUCGGGUUAUAACAAUCUACUGCAAACUUAAGGAGAAGGAGGAGAUUGAGAUUGACGAUGAGUUUGAUGACAGGAAACCCUUAUGUGCUGCCCAAGAUGCUCUCCUUAAGGUUCAUGUAGCCAUAUUGAAUUCCAUUGAAGCUCUUAAAGACUCUGAGAAAAAUAAUAGGAAACGAAAUGAUAAAGAUGAAUGCCAGAUUCUUGUUCCGUCAAGCCAGUCUGCAAAUAUCAUAGGGAAGGGUGGGGCUACUAUUAAAAAGCUGAGAAGUAAGACAAGAGCAAAUGUUCAGGUUACUGCCAAAGAUGCAUCUGAACCAACACACUCAUGUGCUAUGGAGUUUGAUAAUUUUGUAUCGAUCACUGGUGAAUCAGAAGCAGUUAAAAGAGCACUAUUUGCGAUUUCUUCUAUUAUGUACAAGUUUGGUCCCAAGGAAAACAUAUCUCUCGAAACAAAUGUACCUGAAGCCCAACCCAAUAUUAUCAUUCCCUCUGAAGUUCCAAUUUUUCCUCAUGGUGGACUGUACCCAGCUUCAGAUCCUAUAAUCUCGUCUUCACAUGUUCCCCAAUUUUUAAGCGCAACAAAUGUACAUGAUCUGCAAGGAUACUCUGAUGCAGGAAAUACAUGGCCCCUGUACUCAUCUUCCCUUCCAGUAAUGUCUGGUGUUGACGCUUCUCUGUCUGAGGAGUUAACUAUUAGAAUGUUAUGCCCCACUGACAGAAUUGGCCGUGUCAUUGGCAAGGGAGGAAGUACAAUUAAAAGUAUGAGGCAGGAAAGUGGUGCUCGUAUUGAUAUUGAUGAUUCCAAGGCUAACCACGACGAGUGUUUGAUCAUUAUAACUGCAACAGAGUCGCCUAGUGAUCUGAAGUCCAUGGCAGUUGAAGCUGCUCUGCUGAUACAAGGGAAGAUAAGUGACGGAGAUGAUACCUCAGUGUCAAUUCGACUUCUAGUUCCAUGCAAAGUGAUAGGUUGUAUUAUUGGUAAAAGUGGUUCUAUCAUAAAUGAAAUUCGGAAGAGAACUGGGGCAGAUAUUCGAAUCUCUAGAAGUGAUAAGCCAAAACGAGCUGAUGCCAGUGAUGAACUUGUUGAGGUGGGGGGUGCUGUUGAUUGUGUAAGAGAUGCACUAAUCCAGAUUAUCUUAAGACUCAGAGAUGAUGUAUUAAGAGAAAAGGACACUGGGCAUAAUUCUUCUACAGGAGGCGAAUCCUUCUACUCAAGUGGUGCUGGUCUUUCAUUCCCAACUAUGCUGCCUUCUAUUCCUUCUGCUGCUGCUCCACUGGUUUAUGAUCAGAGGGCUGAAGGUGCAGCUGGUCUAGGCAUGUUUUCUUCAAGCAGCCUGUAUGGACACGGAUCUUUGCCGAUGGGGGAAAAUAGCUAUGGAUCUAUAUCUUCAUAUGCUUCCAAUCCUUAUGGAGGAUUGCCUCCCCCAUCAACUCGGGAUAUGUUGAUUCCUGCUAAUGCUGUUGCUAAAGUGUUGGGUAAAGGAGGGACAAAUAUAGCAAAUAUCAGGAAGAUUUCAGGAGCUACGGUAGAGAUUUCUGACACCAAAUCUGGCCGCGGUGAUCGUAUUGCCCUAAUAUCUGGCACACUUGAAGAGAAACGUGCAGCUGAAAACUUGAUCCAGGCAUUUAUUAUGUCCACCUGA